AUGUGUGUUGACAGUAGAGCUAUUAACAGAAUCACUAUGAAGUAUAGAUUCCCAAUUUCCCGCCUAGAUGACAUGCAGGAUCAAUUGUCUAGCUUUAAGAUCUUUUCCAAAACUGGUCUUAGAAGUGGGAAUCACCAAAUCCGAAUAUACCCUGGUGACAAAAUGGAAGAUGUCAUUCAAGAUGUAACACGGUAUCUACAAGUGGUUGAUCAUGCCUUUUGGGCUAUCCAACGAGCCCAGUACAUUUAUGAGAUUUAUGCAUCAGAGUGCCUAAAAAGGCAGCCAUUCCAGUGGUCUAGGGAAGCAGAGACCAGUUUUCGGUUGGUCAAGCAUAAGAUGACUAAAGCACCAGUUUUGGCACUCCCUAAUUUUGAGAAAAUCUUCAAGGUGAAUUGCGAUGCUUUUAGGGUGGCUAUUGGCAAUGUCCUGAGUCAAGAAGGACGACCUGCUGCAUUUUUUAGUGACAAAUUGUUGGGAUCGAAGAAAAGCUACUCCAUGUAA